AGUUAUUAUUAUAACGUCGUCCAAAGGAAGAGCAACUUGAAUAUGGCGAACAAGACAACGUCGGAAGAGUGUUUAGCAAAUAGAAACUGGUAUGCGUUUCUCUGCUCUUCAUUAAUCACAUUUCUAGUCGGACUAUUCCUUGUCUUAACAUGGAGAAUAUUUUCUUGGCUUUGUCGUAAUACAAGGUCAUCAACUAACAAGACAAAAUUACAAUCACAAAAAGCUAAUGGAGAAAAUGGGAGAGCUGGUACCAAAGACUCCACCCGGACGGCUGUGAUCCAAUCAGCAAUCGAUACGGAAAUUGGUUGGGUAACAGAGGCCAAAGAUUGGGCUGGGGAGUUAAUUUCUGGCCAAACGACAACCGGCCGGAUUUUGGUCGUUCUAGUCUUUCUACUCAGUAUUGCAUCGCUCAUUAUUUAUUUUAUCGACGCUUCUACAGAACAAGUGGAAUCAUGCGAAAAAUGGUCUCAAUCGACUACCCAACAAGUCGACCUAGCUUUUAACAUCUUUUUUAUGAUAUAUUUUUUCAUCCGUCUAGUCGCAGCCCCUGAUAAACUCUGGUUUCUUGUUGAAAUUUAUUCAUUUGUGGAUUACUUUACCAUUCCACCUUCAUUCGUUGCAAUCUAUUUAAAUCGAAAUUGGUUGGGACUUCGCUUUACUAGAGUUCUUCGAAUGAUGUCCAUUCCAGAUGUGUUACAAUACUUGAACAUCCUCAAGACCUCAAAUUCUAUAAGACUAUCUCAACUGUUAUCUAUGCUCAUAUCUGUAUGGUUUACAGGGGCAGGUUUUGUUCAUUUGGUUGAAAAUUCUGGGGACCCCUUCUUUAAUUUUAGUAACGCACAGUCUCUUACUUACUGGGAAUGCGUGUAUUUCACUUUAGUGACAAUGAGCACUGUUGGAUACGGAGAUAUAUAUUGUAAAACGGUUUUUGGAAGAUUGUUUAUGGUUUUCUUUAUUCUGGUUGCAUUGGCAAUUUUUGCGUCCUUUGUGCCAGAGAUUGUUGAAAUUUUGGGCAAUCGAACAAGAUAUUCUGGAACGUAUAGAAAAGAGCAAGGGAAAAGACACAUUGUACUCUGUGGUCACAUAACAUAUGAGUCGGUAUCAAAUUUUAUGUCCGACUUUCUUCACAAAGAUAGAGAAGAUGUUGAUGUUGAGUUGGUUAUUAUGCAUCGGAAGGAACCAGAUCUCGAAUUGGAAGGACUUUUUAAACGUCAUUUUACUCAGGUUGAGUUUUUUCAUGGUUCAGUUAUGGAUGCCAAUGAUUUGGAAAGAGUGUCUGUGAAAACAGCUGAUGCAUGUUUAGUUCUAGCCAAUAAGUACUGCGAAGAUCCUGAUUCAGAAGAUGCAGCCAAUAUUAUGAGAGUCAUAUCAAUUAAAAAUUACCACGACGAAAUCAAGGUCAUAAUCCAACUACUUCAGUACCACAACAAAGCAUAUCUUUUAAACAUUCCAUCUUGGGAUUGGAAAAGAGGUGAUGACGCUGUCUGUCUUGCAGAAUUGAAGCUUGGGUUUAUAGCCCAGUCGGCACUAGCACCUGGAUUUUCCACUUUAAUGGCUAACUUAUUUACAAUGAGAGCUUAUAAAUCAGGAACAGAAAUGGCACUCUGGCACAAUGACUAUUUACGUGGUACAGGAAUGGAAAUGUAUACAGAAUAUUUAUCAAAUGCGUUUGUAGGUUUAUCCUUCCCUGAAGCUGCUGAACUAUGCUUUUCAAAGCUAAAGCUGCUCUUAAUAGCAAUAGAGGCAAGAAGUCCAUCUCCUUCCAAUUCUUCACAGGAAAAUACCAUAGAGUCUUGUAUUGCAAUAAAUCCGGGAGCCAAUGUGAUAAUUGAAACUCAUACCCAAGGAUUUUUCAUAGCCGAAAGUGCCGAUGAAGUUAAAAGAGCAUGUUUUUUCUGCGCUCGCUGUCAUGCAGAUGUCUUAGAUGAAAGAGCUAUAAAAAAAUGCUAUUGUAAAGCACCCGCACCCGUAAAUCCUGUUAAAGGCGAUAUUGGACACCCAAAGCCCCUAAUAAAUUUACCAGAGACGUCCAAGGAAGAGACAGUAACGGAUUCUUCAGCGUUUGAUUCAACAGGAAUGUUUCACUGGUGUCAGGAACAAAGUUUAAGCAGCUGUAUAGUCGAGAGGGAGCAGGCAGCUUCUCACGUUCUUCAUAAUCAUAUCGCAGUCUGUUUGUUUGCAGAUGCAUCCUCUCCUCUAAUUGGAUUGCGAAAUUUAAUUAUGCCUUUACGUGCGUCUAAUUUCCAGUAUAAUGAAUUAAAGCAUGUUGUCCUAGUGGGAGAUAAAGAUUUUAUAAGAAAAGAAUGGAAAACCCUUUGUAACUUUCCAAAGUUAACGGUAUUAGAUGGAUCACCCUUAAAUCGUGCUAAUUUAAGGGCUGUGAAUAUUAACUUAGUGGAUAUGUGUGUCAUACUCAGCGCAAGAAGACCGUCCAAUUUAGAUGAUACAAGUCUUGUUGAUAAAGAAGCAAUUUUAUGCAGCUUAAACAUUAAAGCUAUGAUGUUUGACGAUGCCGCAACGACCAGUAUAGCUGCUCAAGUUUGUCAGAACCCAAAUUCUCAAAAAAUUUUUACUCGUGGUUCGGAUAUUCCAAUGAUUACAGAAUUAGGAAACGAUGCUAAUGUUCAGUUUCUUGAUCAGGACGACGAUGAUGAUCCUGACAUUGAAUUGUACAUGACCCAACCCUUUGCUUGUGGCAAUGCUUUUGCUGUUUCUGUGUUAGACUCACUCAUGUCAACAACCUAUUUUAAUGAUAACGCUCUCACACUCAUAAGAACAUUAAUAACAGGAGGAGCAACUCCAGAAUUGGAACAAAUUUUAGCCGAAGGUGUCGGAAUGAGGGGCGGUUGUUUGUCAAGUCAAACUCUAGCUAACCGACAUAGGUGUCGCGUAGCACAAUUAGCUCUUUACGACGGUCCACUAGCCAGAUUUGGUGACAGCAGAUAUGGAGAGUUAUUCUCUUUUGCCCUAAGAAAUUACAAUAUUCUUUGCAUAGGAUUAUAUCGACUAAGAGAUCCACAACAAGUUGAUUCAACUAAGCGUUAUGUUAUAUCAAACCCUCCAUUUCAUUUCCUUCUGAUACCCUCUGAUAAGCUGUUCUGUUUCGCUCCAAGUCACGUUGUUGCGGAUACGGGAUAUAGUGGAACCCGUAAGGUUUUAUGUUGUAACUAG